AUGGCUCUUCUCUCCAAUACGUGUAUCUUUGCGUUGAUGGUGUUGCCCGUUGUGCUUCUCGCAAAGGGUCAUCAUGUUAACAUGCGGCGUCUCACCACACUCGCAGCCAUCAUCACAGCCUGCCGCAUCGCCGAGUCUAUCAUCAUCGCCUCCCUCACAGUCUCCACAACCACAACCACAUCAACAACAAUGUUGUUCCUGGGAUUGCAAUACGUUUUUUCAGCGGUGGUAUUUCCACUUAUGGACACUGCGCUCGUGCACUUUGUGCUAAACGAUCAAAAAGCACGUAAACUCUUACACGUGCAGGAUGCCGGUGAUGAUGCUGCCGCUGUCUUUACUACUAUGUGGACAGUGGUGGAUUUGUUGCUCUACCGCUGGUUCCGCUGGUAUCGUGUUAUUGGUAGUGCCGGCUUUGAUGCGGCGAACCUCUACUCCGCAGCGGAGGCGUUUGUGGGACUUCUCACUAUUCUACUCGCAGCAAGAUGCAUUAACGGCCGAGGUGGGAAUAAUAAUAAUAAUAAUAAUAAUAAUAAUAAUAAUAGUAAUAGCAAUAACAGCAGUAAGAGCAACAGUAGCAAUGACAGCAGUCAAGAUCAUGUGUGGAUUGUUGUUGCUUUAUUGCGUAUGGUGGCAACAACGGCUGGUCUGGUCUUUGGCAUGCCGUUAUUCGGAGGUUUUAUCAACACUUUGUUCUUGUUGGUCCUGUUCUGCUUUUUUCUCUCUCCAGCUAACAAGAACCACAAGGAGGAUUAA